AUGCCCAAUUUGGCUUACGGCAGCGAUGACUCAAUGGACGAUGACGUGCUAAAGCCAAAUUCCAGUUCUGAGGCAAAAGACCAGUCCAAUGGAGGGUCGAACGAUAAGACUGAGUCCCGAUCUGGUCGCGGAGAAAUCGAUGACAAGGAUCACUCUGAUUCGGAUGGAUCUGAAGGGGCGGAAGCGGAUGAAUAUAUCGUUGAGGCAAUCCGCAGCCACAAAUUCAUCAAGGGCAUUGCGCACUAUGAGGUGAAGUGGCAAGGUUGGCAUGAUAAAGACAACACCUACGAGCCGGAAGAAAAUCUUCAAGGUGCUCUCGCCAUUCUUGCCAAGUACUAUGAUAGCAUUGGAGGUGUACCGAGCCUCAAGAGGAGUAAAUCUAAGCAGUCUCUUCGCGAAACCCAACCCCCCACCGAGUCUCCUGCUCCGAAAAAGCGCCGCAAGAGAAAUGAUACGUCCGUGGCUGCUAACGAGGAGGAUGAAGGGACGUGGACACCUAGCUCCCAGAAUUGGGAACCUCAAGUUGACCGAAUCGACACCGUCGAGAAAGAUGAUUCUGGCCAGCUACUCGCAUACAUUUUAUUCAAAAAUGGGAGAAAGACGAAAAUCGGGAUGGACAAGGUAGAGGCAUCACUUCCGAAGAACACGACAAAGUCGCCUGAGUUGCGAGAAGCCCCACCUGAGCCAUAUGCCCACGAUACUUCAAUACCAUUGAAAGAAAACGUUUUGUUCGACCACUCGAGAGAGGUCAAUACUGGCGCACUGUCCAGCCUCGAGCGUCGCUAUGACGAACCUAGUGCUUUACCAUACGGGAACCGAUCGCUCGGUGCUUGUGGUCCUCAGUACGCCCCGGACUUGAACAUACCCAGCCGCCAAGGAUCUAUUCAGACUCUUUCGGCACAGUGCAGUAACAUCAGCGAUGAAGAGCACAUCGAAGAAGCAUUCGUGGCUCCAUCCAAACUUCAGUCUCUAGAAUGCCACAACUCAAUCACGAUCCUUGAUACGUUGUGGAAAGGCGCGGCUGGCUCUAGGCGUAUCGGAUUCGGAUCUGCUGUCCGGUAUACCUAUAAAGGGACCAUGAGCUGA